GUGCUUAUAUAGAUGGAGGUGAGACACAGAGAACAAUAGAUAGUUGAGUGACACAAUUUGAUGGAGGCUUCAGCGUUAUGGAUCUCACACUCUUCUUCUAUCCCCACCACCAUUGCUUUGUUAAGCAGCAGCACAAGAUGGAAAUGGCAAUUCGCUUCCAACAAAAACUGGCCCUCCAUUCAUUCUCGAAGAUGCUUCCUUGUUACGAAUGUCGCUAGCAAGAAGAAACCUUCUCCCUCCAUUGAACAAGAACAAGGAGUUGGAUUAGAUGCAUUGAAGCCAGAUUCUGCUUCUGUUGCAUCAAGCAUCAAGUUUCAUGCUGAGUUCACCCCCUCUUUCUCUCCGGAGCUCUUCGAGCUUCCAAAAGCGUACUAUGCCACCGCGCAAAGUGUUCGUGAUCUGCUCAUCAUCAACUGGAACACCACCUACGACUACUAUGAGAAGAUGAAUGUCAAGCAGGCCUACUAUCUAUCCAUGGAGUAUCUUCAGGGCAGAGCAUUACUGAAUGCAGUUGGCAAUUUGGAGCUCACCGGUGCCUAUGCUGAGGCGCUGCAAAAGCUCGGUCACGCCUUAGAAGAUGUGGCAGGGCAGGAGCCAGAUGCCGCGCUAGGCAAUGGAGGAUUAGGGAGGCUCGCCUCUUGCUUUCUCGACUCCAUUGCAACGCUUAACUACCCUGCUUGGGGCUAUGGCCUCAGAUACAGAUAUGGUCUGUUUAAGCAGCUCAUCACCAAAGAUGGUCAAGAAGAAGUUGCUGAAGAUUGGCUUGAGAUGGGAAAUCCAUGGGAGAUAGUAAGAAAUGACAUCUCGUAUCCUGUUAAAUUCUACGGUGAAGUCAUAGAGGGGCCGGAGGGAAAGAAAGAAUGGGUUGGAGGAGAAGAUAUAGUUGCAGUUGCCUAUGAUGUCCCGAUACCCGGAUACAAAACUAAGACCACCAUCAACCUCAGACUGUGGUCGACAAAGGUUGCUGCGGAUGUUUUUGAUUUAGCUGCCUUUAAUGCUGGUGAUCACCCAAAAGCAUAUGAAGCCAUGAAAAGAGCUGAAAAGAUUUGCUACAUUUUGUACCCGGGUGAUGAAUCACACGAGGGGAAGACGCUUAGAUUGAAGCAGCAAUAUACUCUUUGCUCGGCUUCUCUUCAAGACAUUAUAGCAAGAUUUGAGAGGAGAUCAGGAGACUCGGUAGAUUGGGAGAAGUUCCCCGAAAAGGUUGCUGUGCAGAUGAACGAUACUCAUCCCACAUUAUGCAUACCCGAGCUGAUAAGAGUGUUGGUGGAUGUGAAGGGUCUGAGCUGGACAGAAGCAUGGAAUAUCACAAAGAGAACUGUGGCGUAUACUAACCACACGGUGUUGCCUGAGGCUCUGGAGAAGUGGAGUUUGAGUCUUCUCGAAGAGCUUCUCCCACGCCACGUUGAGAUCAUAAGAAUGAUUGAUGAAGAGCUUAUCAAUACUAUAAUUGAAGAAUAUGGUGAUGAGGAUCUCGAGUUGCUGAAGGAGAAGCUGAAUGAAAUGAGGAUUUUGGACAAUAUCGAACUUCCUUCUGCUGUCAUAGAUUCACUUGUUAAGUCACAGGAAAGCCUUGUUAAGAAUGUAAUCGAAGAGGAAGAAAAAGAAGACGAGGAGGGAAAGGAGGAGGAGGAGGAAGUAAAGGAAGAAGCUGAAUCUGUUGAAGUGACGGAAGCCACUGCUGAGGAAAAAUCAGAUGAACCAGAAAACGAAGACGAGCAAGCAGAAGAGGUGGAGGAAGUUAAGGCAGAUCAUUCGCCCCUAACAAAAGUGACAUCAACAUUUGAACCUGAUCCAAAACAGCCAAAGCUUGUCCGAAUGGCUAACUUGUGCGUUGUCGGAGGGCAUGCUGUGAACGGAGUAGCUGAAAUUCACACUGAUAUUGUUAAAAAAGAAGUGUUCAAUGAAUUUUACAAGCUCUGGCCCGAGAAAUUUCAGAACAAGACGAAUGGUGUGACGCCUAGAAGAUGGAUCGGUUUCUGCAAUCCGGAGCUUAGCAAGAUCAUAACCAAGUGGACAGGCUCAAAGGAUUGGCUGAUAAAUACUGAAAAGUUAGGCGAAUUGCGUAAGUUUGCUGACAACGAAGAGCUUCAGUUCGAAUGGAGGGAAGCAAAGAUGAUCAGGAAGAAGAAGAUUGUGUCAUUCAUCAAAGAGCAAACAGGAUACGUUGUCAGCCCGGAUGCAAUGUUUGAUGUGCAGAUCAAGCGAAUCCAUGAAUACAAGAGGCAGCUGAUGAAUAUCUUAGGCAUCGUGUAUCGUUACAAGAAGAUGAAGGAGAUGAGUGCUGAGGAGAGGAGAGAAAGAUUUGUUCCCAGAGCGUGCUUAUUUGGUGGGAAGGCGUUUGCUACGUAUGUACAAGCUAAGAGAAUCGUCAAGUUUAUCGCAGACGUAGGUGCAACAAUAAACCAAGAUCCUGACAUAGGCGACCUUCUAAAGGUUGUCUUCGUCCCCGACUACAAUGUGAGUGUUGCAGAAGUGCUCAUUCCUGGCAGUGAGCUGUCUCAACAUAUCAGUACUGCUGGAAUGGAAGCAAGUGGAACCAGCAACAUGAAGUUUGCAAUGAAUGGCUGUCUAAUUAUCGGAACCUUAGACGGUGCGAAUGUGGAGAUCAGAGAAGAGGUUGGAGAGAGCAACUUUUUCCUGUUUGGGGCUCAGGCUCAUGAGAUUGCCGGCCUUCGUGCAGAAAGAGCCGAGGGAAAGUUUGUGGCAGAUCCAAGAUUUGAAGAGGUGAAGGCCUUUGUGAGGAGUGGUGCAUUCGGGGCCUACAGCUACGAGGAGCUGAUGGGUUCGUUGGAAGGGAACGAGGGGUAUGGCCGGGCUGACUACUUCCUCGUUGGCAAGGACUUCCCGAGCUACAUAGAGUGCCAAGACAGAGUUGAUGAGGCUUAUAGGGAUCAAAAGAAUUGGACAAAGAUGUCUAUACUAAACACGGCUGGUUCUUCGAAGUUUAACAGUGAUCGAACGAUCCAUCAGUACGCUAGAGAUAUAUGGUCGAUUGAACCUGUUGUGUUACCAUGAGAUGAUGAUAAUUAGAAAUAGUAGAGGUUGAAGAUGUUACUUUUUGGCCAUUUUUGUUGAUGAACUCAUGAGUUUAGACUAUAUAAGAGUGAGUUCUCUUGGUUUUCA